AAUAAAUAACUAAUAACUAACUCUACCCGACGGAAUGAAUACCAAGGCAUUAGUGAUUUCUUCCCUUGCGUUGCCUGCUGCGUUUCUAUCUUUGUCCCUGUGUCAUUUAUCAAAAAUCACUAGAUAAGAUUUUCUUGUACCAAACUUAGUUGUUUGUCUGCCAUUUUUUUGUUUCUUUUUUGCUCAACCUAAAAAUGUGCAAAAUGUGUCCUAAAAUCUCAUUUUGCAUUUUUCAGCACUUUUGAACUUUAAACUACAAUAUCAAAAUUUUUUGAUCCUGGGUUUAUUUUAUCUGUGGUUUAAUAUGUUUUGUGCCGAAAAUUUGAAAACACAAACACGUUCGCAUUUAACUUUAAAAUCUUCUUUUAAACCUAUUUAAAACACACAUAAACCACAGUGGGAGCCGCGAUCAAAAUCAAUUUAACAGUUUUCAAUGAACUUUAUGAUUAACGUCAAAGUUUCCACUGCAAAUCACUAAUUGGACCUAAUUGGUGAUUUUUCCAAUUGUAGACAUACAGCUAGACAUGUUUCGUGUGAAAUUAACUAACCUAUCAAAGGUUUGUUCACCAAAACUUUUGCAACCCCCUGCUGUAUUGUGUCGGUGUCCAUCAAUUUUGUUAAGAGAAAACAUAUAUACCAAGGCUGGUACAUUGAGAGACAUUCCAAAUAUCAAUAAAGACCAAAAUAGUAAAGAUACCAUUGUAUUACAGUACUUGAAGAAAAAUGAUUACAUGCAUCGUAAAGCAAUUAGGAGACUGAUGAGGCAAUCAAGGCAAUGGCUGAAAAAUAAAGAUUUAAAUGCAUUAAAGUCUCCUUUGAUAAACUCUUUGCUUUGGUCAUCACAUGAUCCUGAAAAGAAAUAUAACAAACCAUAUAGAGAUGUUGAAGAGGAUGAUGAGAGAGAAAAAUCAGAGCUACCCGGUGAUGACCCCGAAAAGUCUGGUUUUGCAAAUUUGGUUCGUGUUAUGAUAUUUACAUCGUUAAUAGCAUUUUCGUUAGUCGCGAGUUAUCAGGAUAACAUACCGGAAACAUCAUGGUCGCUUUUCCUAAGGUUAAUGCUGCAAACAGGGGAAGUUGAAAAAUUAGAAGUAUCAUCACACCGCGAUAAAGUCUAUGUGUACCUAGCAAAUGGUGCCAUUAUAAAUGGUAAAGAAGUAUUUGGUUACGGCCCACAUUAUUCAUUCUCGAUUAACAACAUACACUCGUUUGAAGAGAAAUUGAAAACAGCACAACUAGAACUUGGUAUAAAGCCAAAUGAAUUCAUCCCAAUAAAGUACAAUCCUCUUGACACAGAAUUAAUGUCAACAAUUUUCAAUGUAGCUGUCAUAAUCGGAUUAUUUGGUCUUGUUUCUUAUUUUGCAUUUGGUCGAAGGUCUGGUAUGUCUGGAAUUGGUGGGAAUCCUUUUACUAGUCAUACACGUGCUAAAGCUCUGAUUAUUCAACCAGGCUCAAAAAAAGGCAUCAAAUUUGCUGAAGUUGCUGGCAUGCAUGAAGCGAAGGAGGAAGUUCGAGAAUUUGUUGAUUACUUGCAGUAUCCUACAAGGUUCAAAGAGUUGGGUGCAAGGAUUCCUAAGGGAGCACUUCUCUGUGGACCACCAGGCACUGGUAAAACGUUACUUGCAAAAGCUGUUGCUACUGAGUCUGCUGUACCGUUUCUUUCCAUGGCCGGAUCAGAUUUUGUUGAGAUGUUCUCAGGUGUUGGCUCGGCACGUGUGCGCGAUUUAUUUGCGCAAGCAAGAAAGAGAGCGCCGUGUAUUGUUUACAUUGAUGAAAUAGACGCCAUUGGAAGAUCGCGUCGAUCAUCAUCAUCAGUUGGAGGGAACAGUGAACAAGAAAACACUUUAAAUCAGCUCCUCGUUGAAAUGGAUGGUAUGAACACAAUAGAAGGUGUUGUGAUGUUAGCAUCCACAAACAGACCAGAUAUUCUCGACCAGGCCUUGAUGCGUCCAGGAAGGUUCGAUCGUACCAUAACCAUCGAUUUGCCUACAUUACCGGAACGACAAAGCAUAUUUGAAAUUUACUUAAAAAAGCUCAAACUCGAAGAUUCUAUUCGCUCCUACUCCAAAAGCCUUGCUGAGCUUACUCCUGGUAAAAGUGGUGCUGACAUUGCAAAUAUAUGCAACGAGGCUGCGCUUCAUGCUGCGCGCCUGAACGAAAAUGCAGUGGACGACAAAAAUUUCGACUACGCGAUUGAACGUGUCAUUGCGGGUAUCAAGAAAAAUUCGAAUCCAUUAAAUCCUGAAGAAAGGCGAACUGUAGCUUACCACGAAGCGGGGCAUACCGUCGUUAAUUGGAUGUUAAAACAUACGGAACCUGUACUAAAGGUUUCCAUUGUUCCACGGACAUCGACACCACUUGGAUAUUCUCGAAAGUUCCCACUGGACAUCAAGCUCCACACCAACGAACAGCUGUUCGAUAUGAUGUGCGCUUCAUUGGGUGGGCGUGUCGCUGAGGCGAUAAUAUUCAACCGAGUUACGACAGGUGCUGAAGAUGACUUAAAGAUGGUAACUAACAUGGCGUAUCAACAGAUCGUCACAUUCGGUAUGAAUCCACGCAUAGGUCCGAUUUCAUUACCGUUACGAAAGCCAGGAGAAAUGUCCAAGAAACCAUACAGCGACAAAAUGGCGAACUUAAUUGAUGAGGAAGCAAGCUCGUUGAUUGCAAAAGCACACGUUGUCGCCAAAGAACUUCUGUUGGAACAUCGAGACAAACUUGAAAAGGUUGCAGAAGCCUUGCUGGAUCAUGAGGUUUUGGACCAUGACGCGUUAGUAAAAUUAAUCGGCUCUCCACCGCAUGGUGACAAAAGGGAGACAUUUUAUAAAUACGCAUUUCAACCCAGAGGUGCCACCGAUGAAAAUAACACUAUUCCUGCUUAAGAUUAAAAAUAGUUUGUUCUGGUUGAGUGGUGGUUUUAACGGAUCCAAACAUAUCUAUGCGUCUCAAAUGUUGGUAUCAUGGUUGUAAUUUUGCGUUUGGACAUGGUCAUAGUUGCGAAAAGAACGGAAAAUAUUAGAUCCUUAUUAUAGAAACGAUGAAUAAUUUGUGAAUAAUAUUUUAAAGUUAGAAUAUAUUCUUACUUAAGCAUCAAACUAAAUAUGUACCUGUUGUUUUUAUAAUAUACACUUUAAAAUACUA